AUGGGAACCUCUUGCCAAGAAUCUCCAUCACUUCUCCAAGACCUGAAGGUGACCAUCGACGAAACCUCAACGAUUUUUCCAUCCACAGAAACUGAGAAGAAGUCCUUGUUCCUAUCAAACAUCGACAAGGUGGUAAACUUUGACGUGGACACGGUUCACUUCUUCGCAGCAAACAAAGAUUUUCCCCCCCAAAAGGUGGCUCAGAAGUUGAAGAAGGCCCUAGAGGAUGCUCUUGUGUUCUAUGACUUCUUAGCCGGAAGAUUGAAUCUGAACCCGGAAACCGAAAGAUUGGAGAUAGAUUGCAGCGCAAAGGGUGCUGUGUUUGUGGUGGGUUCAAGUGAGUACAAGCUAAGUGAGAUUGGAGACUUAGCUUAUCCCAAUCCAGCUUUUGCACAGCUUUUUCACAAGAGUAAGGAACCAGGUGAUCUUCCACUAUGCGUUGCACAGCUCACAUCUUUCAAGUGUGGUGGCUUCGCAAUGGGCUUCGCAACCAGCCACACAGCGUUCGACGGACUUAGCUUCAAAACAUUCUUGGACAAUCUUGCAGCCUUGGCUGCUAACAAACCCUUGGCUGUGAUACCCUGUCACGACAGGCAUCUCCUGGCCGCACGAUCCCCGCCACGUGUCACCUUCCCACACCCUGAGUUGAUCGAGCUCGAUAAUCUAGCCACAGGCAUAGAGUCUAGCGUCUUUGACGCUUCCAAAGAAGAACUCGACUUUAGGGUUUUCAAACUAACCUCAGACAACAUCCUCAGCCUCAAGGAGAAAGCAAAGGGAAGCAUCAAUGGCAGUGCCACCGGAUUUAACGUUAUCACCGCCCAUAUAUGGAGGUGCAAGGCCUUAUCAGCACCGUAUGACCCUGCUAGGUCAUCCACCAUACUAUUCGCUGUGGACGUACGUUCGAAACUGAACCCUCCGUUGCCGAAAGGCUACACCGGCAACGCCGUGUUAACCGCGUUCGCGGUGGCGAAGUGCGAGGAGUUGGAGAAGAGUGAGUUCUCAAGGUUGGUGGAGAUGGUGAAGGAGGGUGCAGAGAGAAUGAGUGAUGAGUAUGCAAGGUCUAUUAUAGACUGCGGAGAGCUGCACAAUGGGUUUCCAAACGGGGAGGUUUUGGUGUCUUCGUGGUGGAGAUUAGGGUUUGAAGAGGUGGAGUAUCCGUGGGGGAAGCCAAAGUAUUGUUGCCCGGUGGUGCAUCGUCGGAAGGAUAUUAUUCUGUUGUUUCCUCCCUUUGGUGCAGGUGAUGGGAUAAAUAUUAUAGUUGCUCUUCCUCCCAAGGAAAUGGACAAAUUCGGGAGCCUCUUUCACAUGUUCUUGAAUUGA